UUAGGACUUUUCAGCAACGGACCAAGAAAUGUCUAGCGAACCCAACAUCUUCCUCUUUGUGAGACCGAGAAUGUCUGCUGCAAAAGGCAUAGCUUGUAUAGCUUUCUCCAUAGUUGAUGGGAGCAGCAACACUGUACAGCACAUCAGCUGUCCGAGACCUUCCCCAGAUGCCUAUCAAGAAAUCUUUUCAAAACAUGAUUUUGAAGCUUUAACUCAGACUCAAGAAUAUCAACCCAGCCCAACUAAGAGUCCAGGGCCAAUGGCGAUGCUUCAGUUCAAAGUUUGGGAAUCAGGGCGAGUGGACCUUGACGAAAUACGCAGGUACUUGGUGGACUCUAUUUGCCACGCACUUUGGGAUGUGAACACAGAAUACCGACUCCUGACAGCUCCCAUCAUGCCAACUCUGGCUCCGCAGAUGCAUGGGACACCAGCUUCAGAGCCAACAACCCCGAAGAAAGAUACUCAUGGUGAAGCACUUCGCUCAGUGAGCUUGCUGGAAACAGGGGCGCAUCCAGUGGAAGAUCGCAUGAGGUCAAUCUCUAUCUCUGGAGUGCCCCCACAUGUUUGUCUCCCUCGCAUGGCAAACAGGAUGGGGAGUAAGUCACAGUGAAUGUCAUGAGAAAAG